GAUUGGUUGCCUGGUAACUGAAUUGUAAACAUCAUGGUGGGCCGAUGCCAGGGCGUCUAAUCUCCUAGCAACAGAGAGCAGUAAGUGCUGUAGCGCAAAGUGCAACUCGCCGGCACUCGGGAUGGCUGUGGCUGUGUUUAGCCCGGGGUUACGGGAGGAUUUCUCGCUGCUAGAUGCCCGUAAUGCGGAGAUGGCGGAGAGAGUGCACAGUGGUGGCAGGUGGGGGACGCCCAGCCCUGACAACUGGAGAGACCCCAGGGAGUCUGACAGUGACAGCGAGGAGGAAGUGGAGGAGAAGAUGGAGGAACAAUUUGAUGGAGUGCUGCGGGAGGAAAUGGUUUCGAAUGGACUCUCUCUUUUGGGUCGUUCAGCUCUUGGAACUCAACAAGUUUAUUUGAACCUAAAUUUGUCUGCACAGAAAUUACUUGAUAUUCAGAUUCUUUGUAAUUACGUUCACCUACAAAAGUUGGAUGUGUCCUGUAAUGAAAUCACUGAUUUGUCCUGUAUCUGUUACAUGCCAUACUUGACUGAGCUGAAUGCAUCAAACAACAAACUGAGCACAUAUUUUGAUUUUGUUCCACCUAAAAAUCUGAUGGUUGUGGAUUUGUCAUUUAAUGCCAUAACCAGCAUGAAGGAUUUAUCCGCACACAAGUCGCUGACAAAGCUCUUCUUAAAUAAUAAUAGCAUACAGGAUAUAACUGGGUUAGAAAAGUGCAGCAGUCUGACCCAUCUGAACCUGGCUCACAAUAAAAUCUGCAACAUCAGUGGGCUUGGUAACUUGCCAAUCAAAGCACUCUCUCUGGCCUCCAAUCACAUUAAGAACAUCACUGGUUUGGAAAAGCUGAAUGUGCUGCAAACAUUGGACCUCUCCUCCAACCAGAUCUCCAGUCUUGAAGGCCUGGAGGAACUGGCAUUCUUACAGACUCUGAACCUUCAAGACAAUGAGAUCUGUCAAAUAAGUGAGAUUGCUUUCAUUGAAGAGCUGCCUCUACUACAUGUCCUAAAUCUUUUAAACAAUCCAGUGCAGGAACAAGCAGAGUACUGGCUGUCAGUGCUGUUUAUGCUGCAGAAAUUAACUGAACUGGAUCAGAAGAAGAUCAAAGUUGAGGAGAAGGUGGCAGCAGUGAAUAAGUAUGACCCUCCCCCAGAGGUAAUUGCUGGACGGGAUCAUAUGGCCAAUGUUAUGUACAGUACGAUUCAGCCACAAAAGAUCUUCGACAGUACAUUGCCCAAUCUGGAUACCCCUUACCCCAUGCUGGUUCUGACUGGGCCCCAGUCCUGUGGGAAGCGAGAACUAGCACACAGAAUGUGCAGGGAGUUCAAGGAGUUCUUCCGCUAUGGCCCCUGCCAUACAACUAGAAAUCCAUACUUUGGAGAAGAGAAGCGGUUUGAUUACCACUUUGUCACAACAGAAAUGUUUGAGGAUAUGACCUGCACUGGACAGUUUCUCCUAACUAUGAAAUACAGUGGUCACUACUAUGGCCUGACCAGAGAGGCUGUGGAAUCAGUUGCAAGAGAAGGUCUUGCCUGCUGCACCCACAUGGAAAUAGAGGGUGUAAGAAGCUUAAAACAUUCCUAUUUUCAACCACGUUACAUUUUGCUUCUGCCAAUGGACAAGGAGAAAUAUGAAGGAUGGCUGAGGAGGAAGGGCUUGUUCACAAGACCUGAGAUAGAUGUAGCAGUGUCUCGAGUGGAUAUGUACAAAAAGGUACAUCAGGAUGCCCCAGGCUUCUUUGAUGCUGUUAUCAACACAGAUGAUUUAGAUGAAGCCUAUAAACAUUUAAGAUCAUUGGUUAAAGAGUACCUGGGCCUAACUGAGUCAGUGCUAUCUAACGAGAACAUAACCAGAAGGAAAUCAGGAGCUGACUCUGGGAAGCCAUUAACGGUAUCCUCAAAUGGAGCGCAUAAAGUCUCACAGAAUGCCACCAACAAUGAAUUUCAGGAUCCUGCUGCCAGAAACUAUUCUGCAUCAGUGUCUGCAAAAGUAUCCGCACAGAUAAACCCUGCGGAGGAGGCAUCAGUACAGAGACGUCAGCAGGCCGCCCGACGAGCAUUAGUGGGGAAGACGCCAGGAACGUACACCCAGCUGUUUCAGCGAGGUCCUGUAACUGCUCCAGCUACACUAGGAACCCACCGACAUCUCCUAGACCCUACAUCAUGCUCAUCCAUGCAGCCAAGUGGGAGUAAUGUCACUGCAGACCGCAGCCUCCCAGCAGUCAGCCCUGAAACCAGUUCUAGAGACUCAAGGCCCAGCUCUGGAUUGUCCUUGCUCACUUCCGCUGGUGCCUUCUCUGCCCGAAGAUCUUCCUCUGGGAAUACUCCUGUCAUUAACAUUCACUCGCCUCCAGAAGACAAAAUUGAGCCCCUGGACCUGUCUGGUAUUGGUAUUGGCCAAGAACAAGAUAUCUUGUUAGGCGGAUCUGUUGGAAACACUCCUGAGACACCACGUUUGCCGUCAUCUACUCGCUCUGAUGUCAGAGGGUCUAAGUCCACAUCUUCUUCCUCCUCAUCACGGAUCUCUACGCAGGCAAGGCGACCAGGUUCCAACACCAAACCAAUUUUACCACCUAUUCCUUUAGGACGUAAGAAGUCCUCAACUUAGCUCCACAUAUUCUUAAGAUUCCUAAACCGACUGUACUGAUCUAAUUUAUGAAACAUUUCAAGACAGGUUUAAAGAUAUGUUGUGAGAACAAUCUAUGUAUAUGUACAUUUCUUUUUGAUUGCAAGUAUAGUUAACAUUUAGAAUAUAUGCAAGAUUAUACAUUACAAACGUUUUCUCAAUUCUAUCCAAGUUUAAACAAAAUAAAUAAAUUUCUAGAAUAAAUGCUCCGUACCUAUGUGUACAUAUUUGCCAUAUGCCAAAAUGUUGCCUAGGAUACCAAAUUGGUCUGGGCGGCCCUGGCACGAACACUCCUUCAUUUAUUUUGCCCCGUUGUAGAAAUUCUUUAUUUCAUGGCUCAGUGGAGUUCAGAUUACCCAGGAAAUCCAGAGAAUAACUGGAAAAAGAACAUGAUGAAGGCAACCAAUCCACACUUGCGGAGGCUAGCUUUCACCUGUACUUACAACGCACCAGCAUAAUAUCCAGUAUAGGAACGGGAGAUUAAAAAGGAUACUGGCUAGGGAUUACUAUUCCAACUAGAAUGUCAUUGAUGUGGAGAAGGGGGAAUAAAAACUGCACCAAUCUUCUACAAGCUCUUAGGAAAGCAGUUGGUAUUUUGCUUCCGUGCGAGUGUGAUAUAUGUGCUGGAAUCCUCGUUUUUGUUCUCACCUGGUCGCUAUAUAGAAGCACAGCACACAUUGGGAAGGGAGAGAGCAGAGACUGCUGCUGCUCAGCAGCCUUUGUGGACCCUCACUAGCGUCUGCAGAGAAAUGUCUGAUAUCUGUGUGACUAUGAAUCGUGCGUACAAGAUAUGAAUGCAGGCCAAGAUACAAACACAGUAAACAAAAGGCUGCUAGCUUCGGCCCCAUACUCAGAACCAGACCUGAGCAAUGAGGUAAUACAACUUUUGACUAAUUACAUAUAUAUAUAUUUAUAUAUAUACAGGU